CAAGUUAAAUCAUUUCAAACCAAUAAAAAAACAUGAAUACAUGUUUAAGUUGCAGGAAAAUGAAAACAAAGAAAAUGUAUACUUUCGUAAUUUUCUUCUUUAGAUUUCUCGGACUUCAAGCAAGGGAAGUUGCUGUGAUUCUCGGAGGAGUGAAUAAUAAAGGAGCUCAUCUUGAGAUACCUGAAAUAUAUUCACCAUGGCCUUCAGAUUCCUGUGUAACUGAUAUUUUACUUCCUCGACACCCUAGCAUGGAAUAUGCUGCAGCAGUAUACCUUGAGAAUGCUGAGAUGUUGAUUCUGUGUGCCACUUCGAAAAGGAACUGCUAUUCACUCACCAAAGGCGAAGUACAAUGGAAUUUGCAUUCAGGAUUCCCGGACGAUUCAAAAUAUGGAAAUUUAUUCUCUUGGACAGCACCGGGGGACCUGAAGCUAUGGUUUCUGGGUAAUAUCCCCAGGAUUCAGAGAGAAUUUUUUGUUUAUCAACAGUACUGGGACAGAACUAAUACAACAUUUGAUGAUGCAGCAGAAUAUUGUUCAGUAAAGCUUAAUUUGGGCGGCAGUGACCAAAUUGUGAGCAUGGGUGGAUUAAUUGGGUGGUCUAACAACUAUUAUACAAAAACAAGAUUCUAUUGUAAAGAUCAAAAUGAUUUUACUUGUCCAGGCGGUAAUGGUUUGGAGUAUAGUUGGAAAGAACCAGAUAUUGAACUAGGAAAGGUAGAUGGAACUUCAUGUACGAGUUUUACUCAUAAUACUCAUGGAACCAGUAUACUUCUUACAGGUCGGUCUCCUGCUCAAACUGAUAAUAUUGUUAAGGUGUUCUAUGUAGAAGAGUGUUUUAAAGGUAAUGUAAGUAGCUGUGUAUGGUUUAGUGUGGCUGAUUUCGAAUAUAGUCUGAACAGGGCUGUCAUGACGACAGUGGACGAUUUUCCAUUCAUCUUCGGUCCUGAGUUUUCUACUGGAGUUCGAUUAUUUAAUUGGCAAUAUGGAAACAGCUGGACAGAAUACCCGCCCAUGAAAAUUGCAAGAGGUAAACACACAGUAGUUCCUGUUCCAAUAUCUUUCUUUACAAAUUGUCAAGAGCUUUCAACCAAUUCAACAACAACACCAAUAGAACGGACAACAACCGUAGAAGAUAUAACAACAACAACAAUAACAACUACAACAACAACAGCAACAACAGCCACAACAACAGCAGCCACAACAACAGUAGUCACAACAAUAACAGCCACAACAACAGCAGACACAUCCACAGCAGCAACAACAACAGCAGCCACAACAACAGCAGCCACAACAACAGCAGCCACAACAACAGCAGCCACAACAACAGUAGCCACAACAACAGCAGCCACAACAACAGCAGUCACAACAACAGCAGCCACAGUAGUCACAACAACAACAACAACAACAACAACAACAAACUCAACUUCAACAACAACUGCAGAAGAUAUACAACCUGGGAUAUGCACUGGUACAGAUAAAAGAGGGAUAGCUUGGACAGCAGAAUAUAAUAAAAAUGCUUACAUGGCUUGUUCCGAAGAUGAUUUUGAGUCUGGAACAGCAUAUUGGUUUUGUAACGGAUCCACUGGAGAAUUCCAGACUGAACAACCUGAUCGAUCAUCUUGUUCUAGUCCCUGGAUAGAUGAUAUACAGGACCAGCUAGAUGGUGGAUCUGAGACUGCUGUAAACAUUUCUGAGAAAAUAAUGGAAAAAAUCUAUGAUGGAGAAGCAUUAGGAGGCGACCUUAUUUUUCUGACUGAAAUAUUAUCUGAGCUGAUAAUCAGGCAUGGAAAUGAAACAAAGUUGGGUGAUAAAGAAGAUAAUUUCUUAGAAAACCUUCUGAACAUUAGCAAUGUGCUCAUGAUGGAUUCUCUCCCAUGGAAGGAGAUUUCAAAUGAUUCUGUCAGAUACCAGGCAUCAUCAAAUAUAGUUUUGGCAGUACAAUCUGGAGGAUAUCAAUUUUUGGAUACAUUAUCAGCUAAUGAAUGCCAGAUUUUCUCACAAGAGUAUCAUGAGUUGGAGAAGAUUAAACUUAUGCUAAAUACAACUAAACAUGUCAACGAUUGCUACAGAAUGCCGAACUCUACAAUAUGUCUGCCAUCAGCUGUUUCAGCUGAAUUAACAGCUGACUGCUACCAUGUGGUGUCAGUAAAUUACCUGGACAUUCAGAAUAAUGAGACUGCCAUGUUUCCUGAACAAAUUGGACAUGAGUCUACAAACCACCUCUUUAAUAAUAUUAUUGGACUAACUAUAAAUAAUGAUACAGAAAAAAUAGUGAUAAAUCAGACCCAAGGAAAUGAACCGGUGCAAAUAUUCUUCUAUAAUAUUGAUGAAAAGGCAGGACAAGAUGCUGUUUGUGGCUUCUGGGAUUUUGAUUCAAAGAACUGGUCUCAACAUGGAUGCUCUCUGAAUUUGAAACUAUCCAAAAGUGGUGUUAUUGUUUGUGAUUGCUAUCAUCUCACUCACUUUGGAAUUUUCAUGGAUUAUUCAGGAAAAGGGCGAGUAAGUCAUUAUGAUUUUACAACUGCAUCCCAGGUUGGAUUAUCUGUGUCUAUUAUUAGUAUUGUUCUCACAGAGAUUCUUCUUCUGCUUGUCAAUAAGACUGCGAAAUGGACAGAUAAACGAUUUGCUGAAUUUCAAAGAAAUGUUUGGCUUCUGCUCGGUCAAUUUUCCUUUCUUGUGCUGGUGCCCAUGGCCUCUGUUGUGUCCAACACUGUUUGUGAAUCCUUUGGGGCACUUACUUUACUCUUUUGGUCACUUUUCUUCACUUGGUCAGGAUUAGAGGGAUUCAUUUUAUACCGCCAAAUAUCAUUUCCGUUUGAAACCAAGCACAUUAACAAAAUUAUCCUAUGCAUGAGCUAUGCUGUUCCUUUGGCAUUAAGUUCUGUUCUGUUUAUGAUUUCAAAUUUUACAGAAAGUAAAAUGUUCAUAAGACAGGAAGCGGAAGAGGAUGAGGAAAUUGGACACCAUGAGGGUGAGGUGACCGGUGUGUGCUGGUUGAACUCCGACUACAUCUGGAUCUUCAUCUCCUUGAUCUCCCUGAUACUCAUCUUCAAUCUUUUUGUUAUCAUGAAGGCGGUGGCGGUAGCCUAUCAAUCUGCUAUCUUUAGGAAACAGUCAAAGGAAAUGUCUCUUCUCUCCUCAAUGAGAAAUAUUCUCAUCCUCUGUAUUAUCCUGUGUUCUGGCUUUCUUGUAGGACUCAUCCCAUACUCAGAGCCUCAACAAUGGGUGUUCCUUCUACUCAAUUCCUUCAGUGGAUUCUAUAUUUUUCUCUACACAUGCUUUCUCUGUAGAAGGAAAAUGCAAGAAAUGCUGAGAAAAAAUAGAUUAUAUGGAUAUUCUAAAAGCUUAAAUUCAGCGAUGAGCAUGAAUACCACUGUGCACAGGAAAGGGAAGGACUCCUGAAAUAGUAAUGAUACCGUUGUGUAGAGAAAAUGACCAAAUUAAGUAUUUUUAAUCAAAUAAACAAAUAUAAUAUUUAUAAUA